UUCGAACAACUCCUGGAGUUACAAUCAACUUUAUUCCAGACAUGGUUUUUGCUUGUCCGUAACUACUUGCUGAAUGCUGAUCUAGCUUCCGAUUAAUGCUGACUCCAUCCAAUCUUCAAAAGAAAAAAGAAACCCAACCGUUCUCGAUCUUGAAGCCCAAAACCCUACGAAGUGCUUCUGAUUUCAUCUGAGCAGUUGAUUCAAUUACCUUAAUGACUUGUGCUGCCAGUUAAAGACGUUUGAUUCCAAUAAUUAUCGGUAUGACAGUAUGAACCAAUUAUUGCUCUUUCUUUUUUUUAUCAAUCGAUACGAUUGAGGAAUUAGAGAGUGAUAUGGGAUGAGAGGCUGGAAUAGCAUUCCGCAUACUCUAUUGGUUUUUCAUAUUUUUCUGGGUAAGCAUGAACAUUGUCAAAGGUGUUGCUGACCUUUUACGGAGGGGAUCAAGUAGCUAUGGGGGUGACACUAGGUCAGGGUCACCACUCGAGAGAUUCUCUCCUCCCACUCCAUCAAUCCGAUUUAGUGAGAUUGGGGAUGAGUCAAUUCUGAAUGCACUCUGGGCACGGUACGAGAAUGUCACUGAUAAGGUGGAAAAGAAGAGGUCUUUUCAAAUUUUCUUGAAGCAAUUCCUCGUUGUAUUUAAGAAUUGGGAACCGGUUAAUAUUGAACAAUCUGUGGAGGGUAUUUUAUGUGCAUCUACCUCGGAGGGUUCAAAACAUGGCCCCGAUGUUGUACUUGGCUGUUCAUUUGGUCAUCCUGCGGAAAUAAUUCUAUGUUUAACUGAAGAGCUUGCACAAAUAACCAUCAUUGUUAGUGAAUAUCAGUUGGGAGCUUUCUCUACCUUAACAUCUGAAGGUUUUCCUAUCUUAGAUGCUUUGACUGUUGUGGUUCGUUCAUUGCACAAUUGCCGACUUUUUGGCUACUAUGGCGGGAUCCAGAAGAUUACUGCAUUAAUGAAGGCCACAGUUGUGCAACUCAAGACCAUUGCUAGUGCACUUUCAACAGAAGGAAAUAUGUUAAACAAUGUUGUGGAGAGGACUACAGUUUUUCAGAAUACUCUAGUGCGUGCUGUUUCUAUAAUAGGCAGCUUUGUCAACUUGCAGUCGAACAUAUAUAGGACUCAUCUAAACAGAAGUCACUUGGAGUCUUUUGUCUUGAGGGGUAGCAUGGAAACAACUGAACCUUCUACAGACGUGAGUGGCGCUCUCACUGAAGUAUUGUUGCAGUGGCAUAAAAAGGCAGUUGUGUCUGUAAUGGAAGCAGGUGGCCUUAAUUGGUUAGUAGAGCUGUUACGUGUCAUGAGGAGGUUGAAUAUUAAAGAACAACAAACAGAUAUUUUACUACAGAGGUUAGUUCUUGAAACUCUUCAAUCAGCGCUAACUGAUAAUCCUCGGGGUCAGAACCAUUUUCGAAGCAUUGGGGGACUCGAAGCUAUGUUGGAUGGCUUGGGAGUUGUAUCAAACAAUGCUUUGUUAUCUGAAGAUUUCUCAAGUUCUGGCAUGACGAGGAGUAAUAAUUUCCUAUCAGAUAUUUUCCACCUCCAUGUUCUUUUAUUGGAGGUACUUAGGGAGGCUGUCUUUGGAAAUUUAAACAACAUGCAGUUCCUAUCAGAGAAUGGAAGGGUGCACAAGUUUGCAAAUAGCUUCUGUUCACUAGCAUUUACACUUCAAAAAAUCAGAAUGGAUGAUGAUGGCCCACUAGGCAGUUUUGACAAUAGUGUUACAGCCUCUACUGAAGCUGAAGGGAAAAAGGAUAUAUCCACAGUUGCAGUCAAGCUAUCGUAUUUACAUAGUUGGAAUGAUUACGUUACCACGCUGUGCAGUGUUCUUUUUUCUUUUUUGCUUGCAUCAGAGGAUAGUAAAUCACAUAAAGUUCAAGCAUCAGCUCAAAGAAGUAAUUUGUCACUGUCCUCGGCUUAUGUUGAACUUUCUGUAAAGUGGUUGAUUAGAGUGCUUCUUAUAGUUUUUCCAUGCAUAAAAGCUUGCUCGAAUGAAAAGGAGCUUCCUUACCAUGUAAGGUUUUUUAUACAUGUUCUUCAGCGUUCUGUCCUCUCUGCAUUCAAGAAGACACUGACUUUUUCAUCAUCACUAGUUGCGGUAUUUCGAGCUGAAGGAGCCUGGGACUUCCUCUUCUCUGAAAACUUUUUUUAUUUUGAGCUGGCUCCAGGGGAAUUUUGUGGUUAUGAUGGACUCAGCUGUGAAAUUGCACUGGCCAUCAAUGAACAACAGCAUGCUUCAAAUUGCACUGGUAGCUCUAUAAGUCUUAAUGAAGUUGAAGCUAUUCUGCGAGAAGUAAUUUCAUUUAUGGAAUUUGUAGCAACUUCAACGGGAAGUUCACAUAACUUGCCUGAAUGUGCAGUUUUGUUAGAUGCACUUGAACAAUGUGCUUGUAAUCCUCGGAUAGCUGAUGCCCUUGCUAGGAGUCUGCUUCAAAUAUUGCAGCUUUCGUAUGAGAAAUCUAUAUCUUCUUUCAAGACACUUGAUGCAAUUCCCCGUGUUCUUAAGGUUGCAUGCAUUCAGGCUCAGGAGUCGAAGAGGCCUACCAUAGGAAGUCCUCACAUGCAUUUAAGUCGAGUCAAAAUGGAAACUUCUUUUGAGGAAGAAAUGUUGAUUUCUGCUGAGGCAGUCCAAUGUUGGCAUAUCAGCAUGGCAACUUGCAUUGAAAUCUUCACAACAUACUUCUCUCUUACAGAUGAUGCAAAACAUUUGAUGUUGCGCAGUUCUGCUUGUGUUGAUCGUUUGUUCGACUUAUUUUGGGAAAGAGGCCUGAGAAACCGCAUGCUUUCUUAUAUUCUUGAACUGAUGAAGAUUAUCUCUAUAUCUGAGGAAGACCAGAAAGCAAAACUUCACCUAUGUGCGAAGUAUUUAGAGACAUUCGCGCAUGUAAAGGAGCAAGAGAACUUUGUAGAAUUAUCGAUUGACUUGCUUGUUGGAAUGAGAGAUUUGCUUUCAAUUGAUCAGGAGUACUAUCAGGCUUUAUUCUGUGACCGUGAGUGUUUCAUACAUGUCGUCUCUUUGCUCAAUGGGAAUCUUAAUGUGAAAGAUGGUGAGAAGCUGGUUCUGAAUGUCCUCCAAACACUGACCUGCUUGCUUACAAGGAAUGAUUCCUCAAAGGCUGCAUUUAGAUCGCUUGUCGGUGUGGGCUAUCAGACAUUGAGAAGCAUACUCUUAGACUUUUGCCAAUGGCAGCCAAGUGAAACACUUCUGAAUGCUCUGCUUGAUAUGCUGGUUGAUGGGAAGUUUGAUCUCAAAGAAAGCGCUGUUAUAAAAAAUGAAGAUGUCAUCUUGCUCUAUAUGAGUGUUUUGCAGAAGUGCAGUGGCUCUUUGCAGCAAUAUGGGUUAAAUGUUUUUCUACAUCUUCUAAGGGAUUCAAUAUCAAACCGAGCUUCUUGUGUUAGAGCAGAGAUGCUUAACUUCCUUCUUGAUUGGUUUGCGCUUGAAGGAGAAGAUGAUGUAGUCCUGAAAAUUGCCCUAUUGAUUCAGGUCAUUGGUGGCCAUAGCAUUUCAGGGAAGGACAUACGAAAAAUAUUUGCUCUACUUCGAAGUGACAAAGUUGGGUCUCAUCAGCGAUACUGUUCAUUGCUAUUAACCAGUGUGUUGUCAAUGCUAAAUGAGAAAGGACCAACUGCCUUUUUUGAUCUUAAUGGGGUGGACUCUGGAUUAUCAAUCAACACUCCAAUUCAGUGUCCUUUGAGUAAAGGACUUUCCUUCACUUGUUGGUUAAGGGUGGAAAGCUUUCCCAGAAGUGGGACAAUGGGGCUUUUCAGCUUUCUUACUGAAAGUGGAAAAGGAUGCAUUGCUGUCCUCACAAAGGACAGUUUAAUCUAUGAGUCAAUUAAUCAGAAGCGACAGUGUGUCUCUCUUCAAGUGAACAUUGAGAGGAAAAAGUGGCAUUUGUUGUGUCUCACCCAUACAAUUGGUAGGACAUUUUCUGGGGGCAGCCAAUUGAAGUGUUAUUUGGAUGGAGUUCUUGUAUCAUCUGAGAGAUGCAGAUAUGCAAAAAUAAACGAGCAUUUGACUUGUUGCACCAUUGGUACAAAAAUAACAUUUCCUUAUGAAGAGGAUAAUUCUAUGCUCUCAAUCAAGGAUUCAUCCCCCUUUUUUGGUCAGAUUGGUCCAAUUUACCUGUUCAAUGAUUCCAUUACUUCCGAACAAGUGAAACUUAUCCAUUCUCUUGGGCCAAGCUACAUGUACUCCUUCCUUGAUAGUGAAGUUGCAGUUGGUUCGGGAAAUCCAUAUAGCAGUGGAGUUCUUGACAUGAAGGAUGGGCUUGCAUCUAAAAUUAUCUUUGGGCUUAAUGCACAGGCAAGUAAGGGAAGGAUGCUGUUAAAUGUUUCACCAAUCUUGGAUGCUGGGGCAGAUAAAAGUUCGUUUGAAGCAACUGUGUCUUUUGGGACACAACUAUGUUCCCGGCGGUUGCUACAACAUAUUAUAUACUGUGUAGGUGGGGUAUCUGUUUUCUUUCCUCUGUUCACACAGACUGAGCUGUAUGAGGAUGAAGAUAAUAAGCAUGUUUGUCAGACAUUGCUGACUCCAGUUACAAGGGAACGUCUGACAGCUGAAGUUAUUGAGCUUGUAGCAUCUGUAUUAGACGAGAAUUUAGCCAAUCAACAACAGAUGCUUCUACUGUCAGGAUUUUCAAUAUUAGGGUUUUUACUUCAAUCCGUUCCGCCUCAUCAGCUCAAUUUGGAAACACUUUCUGCCUUAAAACAUCUAUUAAAUGCGGUUUCAAGUAGUGGCUUGUCAGAUAUGCUAGUGAAGGAUGCUAUAUCAAAUGUAUUCCUUAAUCCACUUAUCUGGGUGCACUCAGUUUACAAGGUGCAACGCGAGCUUUAUAUGUUUCUUAUUCAGCAAUUUGAUAGUGAUCCAAGGUUGCUAAGAAGCCCAUGUAGACUCCCCCGAGUUCUCGAUAUGAUACAACAGUUUUACUGCAACGAUGUAAAAAGGUAUUCUGCUAUAGGGAACAAACCGCUUUUAGCUGUGACAGAAAGACCCACCAAAGAUGAAAUACACAAAAUUCGUCUCCUUCUGUUGAGUCUUGGUGAGAUGAGUCUCAGGGAGUACAUUUCAGUAUCAGAUAUAAAUGCUCUUAUCACAUUUUUUGAGAGUAGUCAGGACAUGUCAUGCAUUGAAGAUGUUCUGCAUAUGAUCAUUCGUUCUGUAUCGCAAAAGCCAUUGCUUGCUUCUUUUCUGGAGCAGGUCAAUUUGAUUGGUGGAUGCCACAUUUUUGUCAAUCUUCUCCAAAGGGAUUUUGAACCUAUAAGAUUGCUCAGUUUGCAGUUCCUUGGUAGAUUGCUUGUUGGUCUUCCAUCAGAGAAGAAAGGGUCGAAGUUUUUUAGCAUUGCCGUAGGGCGACCUAAGAACGUUUUAGACAGCCACAAGAAAGGGAGUUCAAGGUUGAUGCCCAUUUUCUCAGUAAUGUCGGACCACCUGUUCAAGUUUCCUCAGACAGAUCUUCUGUGUGCAACAUUGUUUGACGUUCUUCUUGGAGGUGCAAGCCCUAAACAGGUAAUACAAAAGCAUAACCAGCUUGACUGUCAGAGGAGGAAUAACUCACAAUUCUUUCUUCCUCAGAUCUUAGCCCUCAUUUUCAGAUUCUUGGAAAAUUGUGCUGAUGCUACUACAAGAAUCAAAAUUAUCAGCGAUCUACUUGAUCUUCUUGAUUCCAAUCCUUCAAACAUUGAAGCCCUACUGGAGCAUGGGUGGAACAUGUGGCUGGAUGCUUCUUUGAAGCUGAAUGCAUUGAAGAACUACAAACUAAAGAUACAUAUCCACAGUGAAUAUGAGAUUAGUGAACAAAACUUUAUUAGGAGUUUGUAUUGUGUUGUUCUUUUUCACUGCAUGCAUUCUGUCAAGGGUGGCUGGCAACACUUAGAGGAGACAGUGAAUUUUAUACUUCUCCAAUGUGAACAAGGUUGCCUGUCAUAUCAGUAUUUCCUUCGGAGUCUGUAUGAGGAUUUAAUCCAGAAACUGGUGGACUUUUCUACUGUGGAAAACACACUUGUGACACAGCCUUGCCGGGACAAUAUGUUAUACCUUCUGAAACUAGUUGAUGAGAAGCUUCUUUCAGAAAUAAGUUAUAAGCUUCCGUUUCCAGCUAGCAGCACAAACUUUUCAACUGAGUUCUUAGAACUCGAAAACCUCAACGACCUUGAUUCUGCCUUAUCUGAGGCGCUGCAGGGAGAUUUUGAUGAGAUGAGGAGUAUUGGGAUUCAGAAGUUGAAUGAUACAGAAGAGGAGAAAAUUGAUGAAGAGUUGUGGAGCUUGUAUGAUAACCUCUGGAACAUAAUUAGUGCAAUAAAUGGAAAGGGGCCAAAUAAGAUGCUACCGAAGUCUUCCCCAGCUACAAUGACAUCCUUUGGGAAAAGAGCUCGUGGGUUGGUAGAAUCGCUAAAUAUUCCAGCAGCUGAAAUGGCUGCUGUUGUCGUAUCAGGUGGAAUAAGCAAUGCUUUGGUAGGAAGGCCAAGUAAAUCUAUCGACAAAGCUAUGCUUCUAAGAGGGGAGAAAUGCCCCAGAAUUAUCUUUCGACUGAUGAUCCUGUAUCUUUGCAAGUCAUCCCUUGAAAGAGCAUCUCGAUGUGUGCAGCAGCUCAUUCCCCUUCUGCCCUGCCUUCUUACUGCUGACGAUGAGCAAAGCAAGAGCCGGUUGCAACUCUUCAUAUGGGCCUUGCUUGCUGUUAGAUCACAUUAUGGCAUGCUGGAUGAUGGUGCUAGAUUUCAUGUCAUUGCUCAUUUAAUACGUGAAACAGUACAUAGUGGAAAGGUAAUGCUAGCUACAAGUAUUGUUGGUAGAGAAGAUUCUGCUGAUUCAAGCAGCUUUGGUAAAGAAGGAAGCUCAAUUCACAACUUGAUCCAGAAGGAUCGAGUAUUUUCUGCGUUUUCUGAUGAAGUAAAAUAUAUAAAGAGCACAGAAGCUGACAGGAUCAGACAAUUAAAUGAGCUUCGUCUUAGACUAGAUGAACUUGCCAUGUUUGAUUCUAAUCAAAAGAAAGCAUUUCAAGAUGAGAUUCAGAGAAGUUUAAUUGCCAUUCUUGCCACAGACAACAAAAGAAGAGAUUCUUUCCAACUUUCUAAAGAUGAGGAGCAGCAAGUAGUUGCUGGAAAGUGGAUUCACACUUUCCGCUCUCUAAUUGAUGAGAGGGGUCCAUGGUCUGCGAAUCCAUUUCCAAACAAUAUCACAAAAUUCUGGAAACUUGAUAAGACAGAAGAUGCAUGCCGUCGCCGGCAGAAGUUGAGACGGAAUUAUCAUUUUGAUGAAAAGCUAUGCCUUCCUCUCUCUGCUGUUGCUUCUGAAGCCCAUUCUCUUGCUGCUAAUGAUGGAAAAUCUGGAUUUGGAGCCAAUAUUCCAGAGCAAAUGAAGCGUUUCUUGCUGAAAGGAAUUCACAAGAUUACAGAUGAGGGCUCUCUUGAAUUAAGUGAUAGUGAUGCUGAAUGUAGUAUUCAGGGGGUCCCUGCUCCUGAUGAUCCGACGGACAAACGGUCCUCAGAGGUUGUCAAAGAGACUGGUGACCAGACAAACAUUGUUCAGGACCGAAAUGAUUGCUCCUCUUCAUCAGCAGAAGCCGAAAAUAGCGAGGUUCUCUUGACGGUUCGCUGUGUUCUUGUCGCACCAAAGAGGAAGUUAGCUGGGCAUCUUACUGUCAUGAAGAAUUUCUUGCACUUCUCUGGUGAUUUUUUAGUGGAAGGUACUGGAGGAUCAUCUGUUUUUAAAAACUUUGACUCUUCAGGUACGCUUGAUCUAGGUAAGGCUGAACAGGAAGGUGGAAACCAGAAACAGAAACUACUGAAGUGGCCUGGCAUUUCUGCUCUUGAUUCUGAAAGGGGAAAAGCUAUUGAUAGCAUAAGUGCAUUGUGUGGAAAUAUACCUCAAAAGAACCCUAGCAAUAUCAAGCGGCAUAGAAGAUGGAUCAUAUCCAAGGUAAAGGCUGUCCAUUGGACCAGAUUUCUGCUUAGAUACACAGCAAUUGAGAUAUUCUUCAAUGACUCUACUGCUCCAGUGUUUUUGAAUUUUGCAACACAAAAGGAUGCAAAGGAUGUUGGCAGUUUGAUCGUUACGAACAGAAAUGAAUCACUGUCUCCUAAAGGAUACAGGGACAAGACUAGCAUGAUUUCUUUUGUUGAUCGACGUGUUGCAUUGGAAGUGGCUGAAAUCUCUAGGGAAAGUUGGAGGAGAAGAGAGAUUACAAACUUUGAGUACUUGAUGAUUCUUAACACACUUGCUGGAAGAUCUUAUAAUGAUUUAACUCAGUAUCCUGUGUUUCCUUGGGUUCUGGCUGAUUAUUCAUCAGAGACUCUUGAUUUGAACAAGUCAUCUACUUACCGGGAUCUUUCAAAACCAGUUGGAGCACUAGAUCCAAAACGACUGGAGGUUUUUGAAGACAGAUAUCGGAGCUUUUGUGACCCUGAUAUUCCCAGUUUCUAUUAUGGCUCUCAUUACUCGAGCAUGGGAAUUGUGCUCUUUUACCUUAUUAGGUUGGAACCUUUUACUGCACUCCAUCGUAAUUUGCAGGGUGGCAAGUUUGAUCAUGCCGACAGACUUUUUCAAGGCAUCGAAGGCACAUUUCGGAAUUGCCUUUCUAAUACUAGUGAUGUGAAGGAAUUGAUACCUGAAUUCUUUUACAUGCCAGAGUUCCUCAUCAAUUCAAAUGGAUAUCAUUUUGGAGCGAAACAAGAUGGAGAACCAAUAUGUGAUGUUGUGCUCCCUCAAUGGGCUAAGGGUUCUCCUGAAGAGUUCAUUUGCAAGCACAGAGAGGCCCUUGAAAGUGAAUAUGUUAGCUCAAAUCUUCACCAUUGGAUUGAUUUGAUAUUUGGUUAUAAACAGCGCGGGAAACCAGCAGUUGAGGCAGCAAACAUAUUUUACUAUGUAACGUACGAAGGCGCUGUUGAUCUGGAGACAAUGGAAGAUGAAUUGCAAAGAUCAGCAAUUGAAGAUCAAAUUGCUAAUUUUGGCCAAACACCAAUUCAAAUUUUUCAAAAAAGACAUCCUAGGAGAGGCCCGCCCAUACCUAUAGCACAUCCUUUGCGAUAUGCACCUGGUUCUAUCGACUUGACCUCAAUCGUAUCAAGUACUAAUAAUUUACCAUCAACAGUGUUGUAUGUCAAUGUGUUUGAUUCUAGCAUUGUCCACGUGAACCAAGGUCUCACCAUGUCAGUUAAGAUGUGGUUAACAACCCAAUUGCAGUCUGGUGGGAACUUCACCUUCUCUGGCUCACAGGAUCCUUUCUUUGGAAUUGGUUCUGAUAUCCUUUCUCAUCGGAAAAUUGGGAGUCCUCUAGCAGAAAAUAUCGAACUUGGUGGACAGUGUUUUGCAACACUACCAACACCAUCUGAGAACUUUUUAAUAACAUGCGGUUCCUGGGAAAACAGCUUUCAGGUUAUAUCAUUAACGGAUGGAAGAAUAGUGCAGAGCAUUAGACAUCAUAAAGAUGUUGUGAGCUGCGUCUCAGUGUCAUCGGACAAAACCAUCCUUGCCACGGGAAGUUAUGACACAACUGUUAUGGUCUGGGAAAUUUCUCGUAGUAAAUUCCCUGAAAAGCGAGUUAAACAUACACAACAGGAGGUCCAUCACAUCAUUUCCGAGACUCCAUUCCACAUACUCUGUGGACAUGAUGACAUAAUCACUUGUUUAUAUGCAAGUGUGGACCUUGAUGUUGUUAUUAGUGGAUCAAAAGAUGGAACUUGUGUCUUCCACACCCUACGUGACGGCAGGUAUGUAAGGUCCAUCAGGCAUCCAUCUGGCAGCCCGCUAGCCAGGCUGGUAGUUUCUCAUCAUGGACGGAUUGUUCUUUAUUCUGAUGAAGACUUGAGUUUGCAUCUCUAUUCCAUAAAUGGGAAACACAUCACAUCUUGUGAAUCCAAUGGCCGUCUCAAUUGUCUUGAGCUGAGUGGGUGUGGUGAGUUUUUAGUUUGUGCGGGUGAUCAAGGUCAGAUUAUCGUGAGGUCCAUGAGCUCUCUGGGAAUCAUUAAAAAAUACAAUGGCAUAGGCAAAGUAGUCACUUCACUGGCGUUGACACCUGAAGAUUGCUUCUUAGCUGGGACAAAAGAUGGGAAUCUUCUUGUGUAUUCUAUAGAUAAUCUUCAGAUUCGGAAGCCGAGUUGUCAACAAAGUUUGAGGCCCAAACCCUCUCUAACAUGAUGGUUUUCGACAUCCAUGGCCAAGUUUAGUUUAAGAUUGUAGAAAUGACAAAAAGAAGAAUCAUAUCUUGGACAGUAGGUCUCAUUGAGGGAUUGCGGUGACAAGAGGAGGUCCCAUUGAGGUUGUGAAUAUGUUAUCAUUGUUAUUAUUAUAAUCCCAAGUAUUUAGUCAUGGGAUUUAGACGUCUUCAUUCUUCGCUAUUUUUUGUUAAGAUAUUUUUUCUUCAAUGUGAGUACACUCUCAUUGUGGGGCCUCAGCUUCAUGCUCCAACGUAUACUCCGUAUUUUCUUCAUCAUGUACGGAGUAUUACAUGUGUUUGUAAAUUGUAACACACACACACACUACACUUUUCACCAGUGGAAAUGUGGAAUGAUGAAAAUUCAAGUUCCUCAAAUUUUGGCUAUAUGGAAUUUAAUGUAAAGACGUUUCCUCAAAUUGCAUUGCCCUUCGGAAACGUGUAAUUUCUCCCAGUCAGCCUUGUUCUCUUUUGCUUUUAUUUUGUUUGUAGACAGUAUAAUUUUAAUGCCAAG